AUGUCGCGGGGUCCGUCUACGGCACGGUCGAGGUCUCGGCCUUCUAUACGUCGACGCGAGUCAUCUCCCGGACCGUCCUCAUCGACUCCCGGCCUGCCGACGCCGGCACUUUCUCCGGACGGACAGAGUGACAGCGAAGAAAUCACGGAGGAAGAUACAUUGUCACCAUUCGAUCCACGAAGGAUUACGCCCACCCUUCAUGCCUCGCUCGUUUCCGAAAUUCUCUCGCUCCGCCGCGAAGUGGAGAGUAAGACCAAAACCAUUGAUGUAUUAGAACAAAGUCUGGAUGAAUCGACGAAAGAAAAUGAGACUCUGGGUUCCAAUCUGUCACAGGCAACCCGCGAAGCCCGCUCUCUAAAACAUCAGAUCCACCUUCUAGAGGGUGGCACUUCAUCUGCGAUGACCGAACUGGCCCGGGAGCGGGAUGAAGCUGUUGAGAACAUCACCGAUGUCCGUAAAAAACUGGAGCAGGCACAGAAAAGGGUUCGGAGUCGAGAAGAUGAUACCGAGCGAAUGCAGGCGCUAUGGGACCGCGAGCGUGAAUCCUGGACCAGCGAGCGGCGGAAUUGGGAGCGCAAGGUUCAUGUGGUGGAAGGUCGGUUGAAGACCGUCUUGAACGAAGUCGCAGCGGCCCAGGAAAAUGGCACGCUGGCAAAGGAAAUGUCCAAAGACAGAACCAAGGAGAGCGACACGGCCAGUGUAAUAUCCAGCAGUCCAGGACAUCGCCGCACGAGCGUUACGAGCAUGACGUCUGAUGAGGGCGACUCCAAUGUCCACAAUGUCCGGUAUUCGGUGAUGAGCAUUGCCACUGGUGCUAAGGGUGAUUCGGGCCUGAAUCUAGCAGAGGAAUUGGCCUUUGACGAAGAGGAUGAGUUCGCAGACUCCGACGACGACGACGACGACGACGCGCCUGACUCGCCUGAGGCUCUUCCCGAGGAACGACCGGUUUCGAGUCAGUCGCAUGCAUCCCACACAGCCGUGGCUUCCAAGGCAAGGAAACUGCUGGGUCUUGCUAUCCAAAGCGCCGAUUCGAGUCAUGCGACAGAUUACCGUGCCUACGAGCCAAGCAGCCAAACAAAAGCUGCCCGGCCAGCUGUGGAAUACUGCGAUUCAGGCAAUCAAUACUCUCCUCCUUCAUCUCCCAAGCUAUCUCCUGUGAUUGAGAGCCCGGUGGGCGAAACUGCCACUGUGUCUGUGGAAACGCAAACUGAUCUGGCCCAUGAAGUUGACCGCAGUGACAACGAGGCACCUCAAAUGAAAAACAGUUCAACGCUAACUAUUGCAAAUGAGAUGGUCUCUGUGUCAUGCCAGACGGUUGGGGACCUACCUAGCCCUCCAUGGACACCCAAACUGAUCGAGCCACCAUCACAGCCCGCGGAGGCUGUGUCAGAGUCAGCUCCAAUGGUAACGGCCUCCACGCAGACCGAUCCGACCCCGGUGGUGAAAGUCGACAAUUUGGAGGAGCAGCGGUCUACUCUGUCCCCAAAUGACAUCCCAUCGUCUGAUACGGAGGUCCCCAUGAUUGCCAUUCAUCCUCCUGGCUCAGAACCGCCAUCCCCUCGCAACAGCGUGGUUCUACCGCCGCAAACCAAAAGCAUAUCAUGCCAAACCAACUUCCGGUCUAUCGUUGAAGGCCGCUCGAUUGGAAUCCAAACAGAGGAAAUCCGCAUUGAUCAACGCCCAGUCAAACUUCCCGCCAGUCUGCUUCCGUCCGCCAUUCCCGAUGUACCGCCUCGUUCUGAAUUACGGGAUUCGGGUAUUCAGCCCUAUCGAGCGCCUCCGCCCCGGCCAGUCAAGGGGACAUCGACUGACCAUCUCGCGAAACCAUCUCGAGCACCUUCAUCGGAGCACGUGCAAGCUUAUCCAGGUAAUAAUGAUAAUGGCCCUCUCUCUGACGAUCUGGUAUCUGGACUUCGUCGACCAUUCCGUUCCAGCAGCCUCUUUGCUGGCUUCAGCGACGAUGAAGUAGACCCAGAAGACCGCGAUGUCUUUACCGACGAUGACCUUCUCAAUCGCCCGUUUGCUUCCUAUACCCUUCGACGGGGCAAGUUGGCUUCAAAGUCAAGGCCCAGUUUGGACGAGACGACUCUCCCUGAAAUCGAUGAGCAGUUGUCAGACCCUGAAUCGAGACCAUCGGAUACCGGCCCCAAUUCAUCGCGCGGCGCCCAACGACCCGGUAUGGCUGUCCCUAACAACCGACAGUCCGGCAUGCGGAAGAUGGCCAUGAUCUCUAACGGCGCGGCCAUACACCAAAAGUCCCGCGCGCGCAGCCCUAGUUUGCCUAGUCUCGAUAGUGGCAGCGCAGGCUCCAGCAUCGCACCACCCUUCCCAGUCCCUAUCCGCCUCAGCUCGCGUAAGAUUCCACUGAAUGGCAGCGAUGGGCCCCCGAGCCCGACUCGCUCGACUGGCCGACAAUUCUCAGACCGUGGCCAUCCGUCACUCGUUCGACGACCAACCCUACGACGAGUCCGGUCCGCGGCAGCCAUGUCGCAGACCGACCCUACCGAGGUUCCAGAAACUGUCUCAACAUCCACGCGAUCAAUAUCUCCUUUCACGCCAGAUACCCCUACGUUUCAACACCCGCCCCUGCCAUCAGACGAUAUCACGAUGCCGCGAGAUCGGCGCGUGGCACCGAAACGGGCAUCGCACCGCCCAACCGCAUCCCGCAACUGGAGUCAGAGUCAUGAGCGACAAGACUCUACCGGAGGCGUGCAGCCCACCAGUGUCGUUGAUGCAAUCGCGCAGACCAUGGUCGGCGAGUGGAUGUUCAAGUACGUCCGGCGACGAAAGUCUUUCGGAAUGGGCGAGGCCAAGGAUAGCUGGGAAGGACGCAACCCGGAUGAGGUGUCUGCCAACAUCACCAACAGCGGCGUGCGGCAUAAGCGCUGGGUAUGGCUGGCUCCGUACGAGGGCUCGAUUAUGUGGAGCAGCAAGCAGCCAACGAGCGGGCCUGCCUUGUUGGGCAAGAGUGGUCGGAAAUUCACUAUUCAGUCGGUUCUGGAUGUCAAGGACGACAACUUACUGCCCAAGGGCUCCAACCCACCAACCGCGUUCAACCGCUCCAUUCUGGUUCUAACGCCUCAGCGAGCCCUAAAGUUCACAGCACUCACCAUGGAACGGCACUACGUCUGGUUGACGGCGCUUUCCUUCCUCAGCCAUUCCGCAAUGGGCUUGCACGAUCUGGCAGCACUGCCACCACUUCCUCAAGAAGAAGUCGGAUCACCCGUGCCGCCACAGGCCGCACUGCGACGCAAUCCUAUCCGUGACUCUAUCCGGGUAGCCAAGGGUCGUCCACGCCCAAUGCCCAAGGGCAAGCGAUCCUUCGGUAGUGCAACAGCACCAGCACCCGACAUGCCGUCCAAUGGCCUAGAUACCAUCAACUCGAUGAUGAUGGCCGCUGACGCACCGCAUGUGCCUCGUUUCUCAACACACAACAGCCACACCCGCAAGCGCAGUAAUACCGCGCCGCGUGCGCCGGCAAUGCACGCUAUCCGCAGCUUCUCUAGCAAGGACACGAUGCCCUCCUGCCACAGUGGAACCACUGCCAACUCAUCCGAGGCUUAUUUCCCAUCCAUCCCACCUCCGAGUCUACCACCGGGUCUAGGCAGCGGCCGGAGCAGCUUCAGCCGCACCUCCGAAGCCAGCGGCCGUGCCUCCAGCACCCACACCGGCGCCACGUUUGAUGUUGGCACCAUUCGCAUGGAGGCAUUCAUCGAUCGUCACGCGGAGCAGAUCAAUAAACCGCGUCCGGUACCGCAGAACCGGUCGCGUCAUGUGCGCAAGUCUUCCAGUCAGUGGAGCGAGCAACGCCGGCAUGAGUUUGAUCUCCCAUCGUUUGAUGAGUCUGAGCUGGGGUUCCGGCCAGAGGACCCGUUCCGAGGAUUCUAG